UCGCUGGCCCCACAGACACCAAGGGUCCCAGGGGAGAUCCAAAGUGAAGGGCACUGCUGGUCCCCAAAAACCCAGUUAGAGGGGCAUAUAGGAGAGAAGAAAGCAUUGAACCCUUAUCGUUUCAAGAAGACCUGGACUGGUUCCUCAGGAUCAAUGGGACAAGGCUAGAUCAGUAGGAGCUUUGAAAGAGGACGACUAAGAGUCUAGGGCGAUGGCGCUGAUUCGCCGCUGUCUGCUGGUGGUAGUGUUGUGGAUUGGGGUCAGAGAAGGGGCCGGUGGUGAGCAGAUGAAGCAGGCCCAGGCUCCUCUUAUCCCUCAUCGGCCCUUCAUCGUAGUGUGGAACGCCCCCACAGAGUCCUGCCGCCUUCGCUUCAAGGUGGACCUGGACCUCAGCGUCUUUGACAUCGUGGCCAACCUCAACGAGACCCUUAGCGGGCCCAAUGUCACCAUCUUCUACCAUAGCCACCUGGGCUAUUAUCCUUACUACGCCAGCUCUGGGAACCCCAUCAACGGGGGCCUGCCCCAGAACCAGAGCCUGUCCAAGCACCUGAGCAAGGCCAGGGCCGACAUCGACAAGCUCAUCCCUCACAAGGACUUCCGAGGCCUGGGUGUCAUUGACUGGGAGAACUGGAGGCCCCAGUGGGUGCGCAACUGGGGCUCAAAGGACAUCUACCGCAACAAGUCCAAGGAGCAGAUCCGGAAGCUCCAUCCAAAUUGGCCUGAGAGCAAGGUGGAGAAUGAGGCCAAGGAGGCCUUUGAGAGGGCUGGACAGGCCUUUAUGAACAAUACUCUACUGUUGGCCGAAAGUCGACGACCUGACGGACUCUGGGGCUUCUACUUGUUCCCCGACUGCUACAACUAUGGCUACAAGACGCACCCGCACCGCUACACAGGUGAAUGCCCCAACGUGGAGCAUGUCCGUAAUGACCAUCUGAUGUGGCUUUGGAGGGAGAGCACAGCUCUCUACCCCUCCGUGUACCUAGACUACGAACUCAAGUCCUCGGCCAACACCGUCAAGUUUGUCCACUACCGCGUCAAAGAGGCCAUGAGGAUUGCCUCCAUCGCACGCACCGACUUCACGCUGCCUGUGUUCGUCUACUCUAGACCCUUCUAUGCCUACACCUUCACAGUCCUCUCAGAGAGUGACCUGGUGCACACUAUUGGAGAGAGUGCAGCUCUUGGGGCGUCAGGAGUGGUACUUUGGGGCUCCUCAGAAUACGCUCGAACUCAGAGAAACUGCCUGACCGUGAAGAAGUAUAUUGAUGGCCCUUUAGGCCACUAUGUCAUCAACGUCACCUCAGCCGCCAAGCUGUGCAGCAAAGCCCUGUGCAAGAAGAACGGCAAGUGUGUGAGGAAGAGCCUCGACUCAGGGGCCUACCUCCACCUCAACCCCCGCUUCUUCCACAUUCGCCGCAACCUGGGCCCCCGGGGGCCCCGCUUCCACGUGAGCGGCCAUCUUAACAACCACGACAUCCUGGACAUGAAGCACAAGUUUACCUGCCAGUGCUACCAGGGCUGGACGGGGGUCUACUGCGAGAUGCCCCAGAUGCCACCGCUCCCUCCCAUGCCCCGACCCAGGGACAACAGCCUGCUAGGGGACAUACUGGUCAUCCUGUCACUUCACUUCUCCUGUCUGUGUGUCAUCAUGUUCCUUGGUCUCUGCCUCAUCAUCAAGUGUUUGAUACUGUAGAGACUACCCAGCAAACUGGGAACAUUCCCAGAACAUUAAAUAACAUUCCUAUUAAGGUCUAGCUAACAUUAGGAUGAUAACAUCCCACAAACAUUUUUUACCACCAAAUAUUUUUUAUAAGAAAAUGUUUCAAAUUAAAUAUUAUUGGAAUGUGCUCCUAACAUUCACUAAAUUGUUGUGCACAACAUCUGUAAAAACUACCACAGAACAUUCCCCUAAGGUUCACAUUAGGUUGCCAAGGAAUAUAAUAACACAACAUUGCGGUAAUGUUCUCAGAACUUACUGGCGCAACAAAAUGUGGAUGAAAURGUGGUUGUGUGGAAACAUUACUGGAACGUUCUGCUGGUUUUGAUGGAAAUGUUAUUCAAAACAACCACACCAACAAGAAGGGAAUAGUCCUACAAUGGUCUCAUAAAGUUGUAGUGUGACAUUAUGACAUGAUGUUCCAAAAACAUCUCCGAACAAACUUCA